AUGGUUAUUAGGAAUUUUAGUAAACAAGAAAAAAUUGAUCUUACAGCUGCUUUUAUUUAUGUAGGUAAUGAUGAAGUUGUUGGUGCGCAUCAAGCAUCAUCUAUGUUUUGGAGACGUAUAUACAGCGUUGUUCCACAAAAUUUUGGGAAUAAUUCUGUGAAUCAAAACCAAACAACUUCAUAUUCUGAACAACCUUCAAGCAAGCCAGUAUGUUUCAUUCCUUAUGAUUUAAUUGAUGAAAGCUUGGAUGAAUGGAGAUAUAGCUUAAUCGGUAGAUUGGAUCUAGUUAAGCUCAAAUUUGAUUCUGUUGUGGAGAUAUUGAAGAAACAACGAAAAUUAAAAGGUACAAUUCAAUGCAUCCCUCUAGGAAAAGGUUUUUUCAUAAUCAAGUUAGAUAAUGAUGAAGAUAAACAUUAUAUUUGGGAGGGAUAUUGGCCAGUUGAAGAUCAAACUCUUAGGAUUAGAGCCUGGGAACCUAACUUUAAUCCUGCAAAUCAAAAAUCAACAACAACCUUUGUUUGGGUACAAUUUCCAGGUUUAAGUAUAAAAUAUUGGAAGGAGAGUAUAUUGAUUCAUAUUGGUAGAUCAAUUGGUAAACCAGUAAGGGUGGAUGAAACAACUCUUAAGAGAGAAGCUGGGUAUUAUGCAAGAGUUUUAGUUGAAAUUGAUUUAACAAAGUUCAUUACCAGUAAGGUGCAGGUUGAUACUAAGUAUGGGAUCUUUGAACAGGUGGUGCAAUUCACAAAUUUACCAAAAUUUUGUAAUCACUGCUCUGUAAUUGGCCAUUAUGUUGCUGAAUGUAGAUCAAAAAGGAAAGAACAGGAGCAACAACAGGAAAUUCCAACUGCACCUAAAGAAGUAACUAAAGUCUGGAGAAGAGUUACAAAUAAGCAAAAGAACAAAGGUUUUGAUGUUUGUUUUACUGAUAAAGAAUUAGAUGUUAUUCCUUCAACUUCUCAACAAGAUAAUAAUGUUGAAGAAGAUUGUGUUAUGGAAGAAGAUAGUGUUAUUGAAAAAAUUAUUCCUUCUUUGGGUCAUGCUGAAUGCUCAAUCCAACAGGUUGUUGUCAGUUCUCCUUCCAUAAAUGCUUCUGUUAAUGUAUUACCUCCCAGUGGAAAAAUUGGCACUAUUUCAGCUGGUACUGCUCCUGCAAAACAGAAAAUCAAUAAUGUGGGUAAAGUCACAACAAGAAGGCAAGCUGCAACUAUCAAUUCAAAUGGCAGUAAAUUUGUUUUUGUUGCUGAACCAAAGAUAAGAGUAACUACUGAUUUCUGCAAGAAAUUGAAUCUUCCUAAUAUGCAUUAUAAACUUAUUCAUAAUUCUACUGAAAAUAAAAAGGGAAACAUUUGGAUGUUUUGGAAUGUUAACAUUACUACUCCUACAGUUGUUUCUAAUUCUGCACAAGCUAUUACUGUGGAUGUUGGGGGAGUUUUAGUAACUGGAGUUCAUGCAGCUUGUUUAACAGUUGAUAGAAGAGAGCUUUGGGAAGAGUUAGAAUUUAUUUCUUCUCUAGGUAAACCUUGGAUGGUCAUUGGAUAUUUUAAUACCAUUAUGUGUGCAGAAGAGAAAAAAAGGGGGAGAAGCCCUUUAACCAUUUCCAUGAAUGAAUUUAAUAGUUGUCUCCAUUCUUGUGGUCUUAUUCAAGCACCAAAGUAUGGAAUUGAGUUUUCUUGGUGCAACAAUAGAUUUGGCAUCUGCAUUCUAGAUAGAGCAGUGUUCAAUGUUAAAUGGUUGGAAUGCUAUCCUGGUUGGUGCUACAAAGUGGGUGCUAGAGGGACUUCUGAUCAUAGUGCUUUACUUGGGGUUAAUUCAGUCAUUCCAAAACCUGCUAAUGUCCCAUUCAUGGCUUUAAAAGUAUGGCUUAGUCAUCCUGGUUUUUUGAAGUUAAUAAAGGAUUCUUGGGUAGAGGAAAUUUCUGGUAAUCAUGCUUUCAGUUUUCUGAGUAAGCUGAAAAUAUUAAAACAAAUCAUAAAAGUGUGGAAAUGGGAGAUAUUUGGUGAUGUUAGAACUCAGUUACAGAAUGCAGAAAAAGAGGUGGUGCAAGAUGCUAAAAUUUCAGAUAAUCAACCAGAUGAUAUAGUUUUGUUGGAUAAACUUAUAACUGCUAGAGGCAAACAAGAACUUCUUUUACAACAAAAUAAGGAGAUAGCUCAACAAAAAGCUAGAGUUCAAUGGUUGAAAGAUGGUGCUUCUAACUCCAGUUUCUUUCAUAAUUCCAUCAAACUAAGGCAAUUACACAAUGCUAUUACAGAGUUGGAAAAUUCAGAUGACACUAUUGUCUCUACACAACAAGAAAUAUCAAACACUCUUGUGGAUUAUUUUGAAAACAAGUUCAAGAUGCAAGAAGUGACUUUUGCUAAAGACAUUUUUCACACAUUCCCAAAGUCAUAA